CAUUCAAAACAUUUCAGAUAAGUCUUAAAAUUGCUCCAGAUGAAGAAGAAAACCUUCAUCAAAUGAAGAAUGAUCUGAUUGACAGGUCAGCUUCAGAAUAAAGCCAAGCCUGAGAAACAACAAUCUAGAAUCUUUCCAUGAGCAGAAGAAAUGAGCACUGAGAGACCUUCCAACCUAAUCAAACACCCAGGACAGACAAGCAUUCCUUCCCUUGAAAACAUAAGUGAUUUCUCCUUAAACAUCACUGACUGCACCCAGGUUGUGGUGCCAGAGGAAGUUUUUUUCACUGUUGCUGCUGCUGGAAUACUGGAAAAUCUGCUUGUCCUUAUUGCUGUUGUUAGAAAUAAGAAUUUGCACUUGCCCAUGUACUUCUUCAUUUGUAGUUUAGCCAUUUCAGACAUGUUAGGUAGCUUGUACAAAACUCUGGAGAACAUCUUUAUCAUCCUGUGCAAAAUGGGGUACCUGACACGUCGUGGGGACUUUGAGAAAAAGUUGGAUGAUGCCAUGGAUUCCAUGUUCAUACUGUCUUUACUGGGAUCGAUUUUCAGCUUGUUAGCUAUUGCAGCAGACAGAUAUAUCACUAUCUUCUAUGCUUUGCAGUACCAUAACAUCAUGACACUAAGAAGGGCCUUGGUUAUCUUGGCAAUCAUUUGGACGUUCUGUGCUGGCAGUAGCAUUGCCAUUGCCCUCUUCUCCUAUGAAGCAGCAACAGUAAUUCCCUUUACCAUUCUUUUCCCUUUAAUGAUGUUUUUUAUACUCUGCCUCUAUGUUCAUAUGUUCCUCCUGGCUCGAUCUCAUGCUAAAAAGAUAGCCUCACUGCCAACCAGCACAGUCCAUCAGAGAACUAACAUGAAAGGAGCCAUUACACUGACUAUUUUCCUUGGAGUUUUCCUUUGUUGUUGGGCUCCCUUUGUUCUUCACAUCCUCUUAGCAAAGUUUUGCCCACAUAACCCUUACUGUGCCUGCUACAUGUCAAUUUUCCAUGUGAAUGGGACACUUAUAAUGUGCAAUGCAAUCAUCGACCCCAUGAUUUUUGCAUUCCGAAGCCCAGAAUUACGAAGUACAUUUAAGAAGAUGUUCUGCUGUGCCAGGUCAAACUGGAACUGGUAAUACUUCAUGAAAAAUUAAGAUUACAGAAGCACACCUAUGGAGUGCUGUGCAACAUCAGUUU